UCUCUUCUCCACUAUGGACAGAGCUUCCACCCAGCUAGCCGCUGCCAGCCUGAGACAACCCAGCUGACAUGGGGACCUUCAGAGCGACACAGCUGUGCUGGGGGGUCCUUUGCUUCCUCCUGCUCCAAGGCUACAGCUCCCAGAAUACAACACAGCCAUCUGGCCCUCAGGAAACCUUCAGCAUUCUCAGUCUGACCACAGAGCCAGCUUCUCCCAAUACAGGAAGUAGUCCUCCUUCAGAGCCCGUCAGCUCAAGCCCUCCGAGCAGUGCCAGUACCUCAGCAGCUCCAGAGGCCUCACAGAUGCCCGUGCCAGCCAGUGAAGCCAUGACGCCGAGGUCAAGCACGGUGGAUGACCACGCCUCAUCCCUUUUGGGCCUGACUCAGUCGAAGCCACAGAAGGACACGUCAGGACUCGGCACCGGUGUCCCCAGCAGUGACAGGAGCAGCAGCAGCACAAGUCGAGACACCUCUCAAAACGUUACUCCCAAAUCAGCCACCGUGAGCCUGAGGACAAGAGAAGAUCUGACCAUCCUGCCCAGUCCCACAUCAGAGACGGUGCUUACUGUGGCUGCAUUUGGUGUUAUCAGCUUCAUUGUUAUCCUGGUGGUCGUGGUGAUUGUCCUAGUCAGCGUGGUCAGUCUAAGGUUUAAGUGUCGGAAGAACAAAGAGUCUGAAGAUCCCCAGAAACCAGGAAGUUCUGGGAUAUCUGAAAGCUGCUCCACAGCCAAUGGAGAGAAAGACAGCAUCACCCUCAUCUCCAUGAAGAAUAUUAACAUGAAUAACAGCAAAGGAUGUUCCUCGGCAGAGAAGGUUCUUUAGAAGCAACUUUGGGUCCCCGUGAAGCCAAGAAGGCUGCAGCUAACCCAGGGACUAGAAGGAGAACAGCAAUGGGAUUAGUACAGCAGUGUAACUUAUUUUAUUGAUCCAUAUCUACUUGGAGGUCUGAAGGAUACCGGCCUUCUUCCAGACUGGGAGCAAACUACCAAUAUGAGGGACUCCCAGGUCAAAUACAGCCUGUUUCUCCCACCACCUCAGAGUCGCGGGAAGCAGGAGUGUACAGAACAAGAGCAAGGAAAAUGACAAAGUGGACUGACUACUUUGCAUUAAAAUUAUUUUCUGGCUC